UCCAAAUUCGCUGAUAUCUGCAAAAUGCACACAUACACAAUAAACAGUCAUAUUCAUGAACCUGUUCAUUAAAAAACCCCGCUUUUUCUCCCUUUUGAGGGCUAAAUAACACUCAUUAAAGGUUUACAAGCAAUGGAAAGAUUAUCGUCUAUGUUGUAUGUUCUUCUGUCAACACUGGUCUCUAUAUCCUAUUCUGCCAAUAUUCUGGUGACUGUAGGAACAUAUGGAUCCCAUCUCUAUGUUUCAGCAGCUGUUGCCGAGUUUCUUGUUGAAUCUGGACACAAUGUAACUGUUCUUUCACUGUACGAUGAUAUGAACGUUGAUAUGUCAUCAAGGAAAUUUCUUUGGAAUCCUGUAACAGAUAGAGAGGGGAGCAAGAAAGAGUUGGAAUCUGUCAAUGAGCUUAUUAAACAACUGGUAGAUUUGCCAUCAAAAGAUAUGAUGAGUGACUUGCUGGCUGGAACUGAACUAGCCAGGAAAAGAUCUCUGGAUUUCUUCUCAUAUGGGUUUGAUUACUUUACUGGAGAGAACUUUGAGCAUCUGAUGAGAGAAAGAAAUUUCGAUUUGGUUGUCAUGGAAGAUACUGCAAUUGGAGCAGCAUACUUUCUUGCAACUGCAGGGCUACCUGUAUUAGGACUCACUUGUACUAGUGAGAUCGCAUUCCUCAGAUCAAAAGAGGGCUAUUCAACAUUACAAUUUAGCGAGCCCAAUUCUUUACUUGGAGGGGAAUUUCCUCCCACUUUAAGAGACAGAUGGGAUGCAACAAUGAGAUUAUUUAGCAUAAUUAAACUUUCUGGAUCCAUGUUCUAUGAACAGCCUAAGUUUACUAAAUAUAACAUGGAAGAACUUGAUAGAGUUGCUGAUGUGAGAUUUGUUAUGGAUCAUCCAGCUGUAGGAUUUCCUUAUCUUCUCCCUCCAAACACAUUUUCUCUCGGUUUCUUUCAUUUGAAAACGCAUCAACUCAAUCCACUUCCAGAUGACUUAAACAAUUUCAUUGCAAAUUGUCCCCACCAUAAUAUUGUGUAUCUGUCAUUUGGCUCAUUCUUUGCAACCACUAUGCUGGAGGUACUAGCAGCUACUAAUGCGUGUCUCAUUUUGAAAUUCACUGAAACAAUUGAAGAUCAGUUUGGAUUUGCCAAGGAUCAAGUUCUAGCCAAGUCAUGGAUUCCCCAGAAAGAUUUACUUGGAAGCGGUAAGAUUAGUUUCUUUGUUAGCCACUGUGGGAACAAUGGUCGGUUGGAGAGCAUCUUUUACAAUGUGCCUCUGUUUUGUGUACCCUUGUUUGCUGAUCAGGUUCACAAUGCUGCAAUUGUGAAGAGGAACAAGUUUGGAGUCAUGUUAUUGAAGGAGGACCUCACUCAUGAAAGUUUCAAGAUGGCUGUUGAUACAAUGUUGAAGGAAAAGGGAGUAUACUCUAAAAUUAUGAGAGAAGCUACUGAAGCUGUUAUUGAUGAUCCAGGAUCAGGAGAAGCUGUCUUGAAAUACCAUGUGGACCGUCUUUUAAAGUUUGGGAAUGCAGAUUACUUGAGGAACUCAGAAAUUAAGCAACAGUCAAUUGUAGAGAUGUACAAUUUAGAUAUUUUAAUGUUCUUUCUGAUCAUCUUUCUGAGUAUAAUGGUUAGCAUUUUGAUAUGUAUAUUUAAAUUGGUGAAGUGUACUUGCAGAAAAGUUUUUAAAUCUAAACAGGAAUAGGAGUAUGUAUAAUGUAUGGGUAGAAAUAACCUGUAACCUGGUAACCUUGUUGCCUGCACAACAGCAAUUUUAACUGCACACCCACAUUUUUGUGAACAAACUGAUAUUAAUUUUAAAUUGUCUGCACUCUAAACCUUUCUCAAGUCAUGGUAUAAUGUAUAAAAUAUAGUGUAAAUAUACAAUUGUUUAGAUGCUCAAAGAUUAUUGAUAUUUCACUUCCAGACAGAUAAGUAUUAUAAUUUAUGAAUUCUUGUUCUUUUAAUAUGCUGUAAUUCGACAUUUUACAUGUAACAC